AUGCGAGCAAGUUUAUUUAGCCCGGUGCUGGUAGUCGGUUCAUUUGCUGCAGCAAAAGAAGCCCCAUCAUCAACCACCCAUGCGCCGGCAUGUACUGCGACCGCGUCAUCCGGAACUGGCGGCGGUUUCUUCGAUCUGCGUCCCGACACAGCUCACGCUCCCGAAAAGGGGAAGCAGCACAAGACGGGCCUUGCGAAGGACUACCACUCCAGAGGAUAUGAUUACGGCAAGAACUUUACUCUCAACAUAUGCGCACCAGUCGUGGACCACGUAACAGAGGUGGUUGGAGUCUCCAAGAGCCAAUGGGCCAAUGUCAGCGCAUACUAUACGUCUCAUGGAAACGUCUAUUCUAUAGGCUCCGCAUCGAUGGACUUGAAGAGUCGUGGCCGCAAGCUGGUCUUGCAAUAUACCGGUGGCUCGCCGUGUGGUGCCUCCAAGUCGACCAGGCGUAGCCGGAGCCCUCCAUCGCACUCGACCAACGACAGGCGUGCGAACAAGGAGUCGUCUUUGACCAGGCAGCCUCACGAGGUGGAGACGUUGAAAGAAGACAAGGAGGCGAAGGAGGAGCCAUCGCGAAGAAAGUCGACGACGAUUUCCUUUCUUUGCGACCGAGACCCCACCAGCUCCCAAGCGAGCAUAUCAUUCGUUGGGGUCGACGAGGACGAAUGUUCGUACUUUUUCGAAGGCCGCUCCAGCCAUGCAUGUGCGCAAGCAGAACCACACAAACCAGGAAGUGUCGGCCCCGGCAGUGUGUUUGGCAUCAUCCUGGUGGUCGCGUUCCUCGUAUACGUGCUGGGCGGCGUCUUCUAUAAUCGAGCCGUCACCAACGCACGGGGAUGGCGACAGUUGCCGAAUUAUAGUUUGUGGGCAGGUAUUUGGUCUUUCUUGAGUGAUAUGUUCGUUAUUGCAUUCUCCUCAUGCGCAAGGUGUCUCCCUGGCCGACGAGGCUACAGUCAUCUCGGCUCGAGUUCUCGAAACCGAAACUCGGAUGCAGAAAACCGACUCAUUGACCAGUUGGAUGAGGAGUGGGACGACUGA